AUGAGCACCACACCAUUCAAGAAGAUCGCGCUCGUCGGCGGCGGAGGCGCCGUAGGCAAAGCGAUCCUCGAGGCUCUGCUUGCGACUGGUACCACUGAAGUCAUCGUCCUCACCCGACCGGACUCCACCACCUCCUUCCCCGCUCACUCAAACCUCAAGGUCGAGCGCGUAGACCCCACAGACAUCAACGCCGUCUCUGUCGUUCUAAAGAAACACGGCAUUGAGGUGCUCGUCUCGACGGUCGGACCUGCAGCGACCGCAUCGCAGCACGCCCUCGUCGACGCAGCGAAGCAGGCGGGCGUGCGGCUAUUCGUGCCCUCCGAGUUCGGAAUGACAACGGAGGGCGUUAAGGAUGCGCCGCGCGUAGCUGCGAAAGCUGAGGUCUCGAGAUACGCAAAGUCGAUCGGACUGCCUACUCUGCGCGUUUACAACGGCGCACUUGCAGAGUUCAUCCCGAUGUUAGGUUCGGUGCAGCGCGGCACCUUCCUGGUGCUCGACCCUCCAGAAGGGCACGGAGCUCCCUUGCCGUUCUCCAUCACUUCUCUUGCUGACAUGGGCGGUUUCGUAGCCCACGUCCUCACAACACUCACACCCGCCCGACUGCAAGAUACAACUCUCCGCAUCGAGGGUGAUCGUAUGACGUUCCCAGAUCUCGCCAACCUAUACAGCAGGAUCAAGUCGGUACCGGUCGAGCAUGUCAGCGACCUUCCCACAGACGUUGGGACCGAUGAUUUCAGAGUCUGGAGGAAAUACCUGUUGGAAGAAACCAACGCUGGACGGAGCCGGGUGACUUGGGAUCCUGUUCAGGGGAGAGACCUGGGAGUUGAGGCGCUCGCGAAUGGACUGUGGGAGGGACACAAGUGGAAGACGGCCGAGGAGGCGAUACGUGAUGGGCAGUAA